UGAUCGUUCCUGGCCAUCAUCUCGCCACACAGGACAGGAGCAGAGCCGGAUCGCCCACAAUAACCGCUGCCCACGAUGGACUAUAUCCUGAUCAUCAUCCUUGUCCUGGCGCUCGUGUCAGUCGCCGGGAUUGCCUCUGUCUUCCUGCUUGGCGGCAAGUCGCCCCUGGCUCAGCACAACACCGUCGCCAUCCUCGGGCUAUGUGAUUCGGGCAAAACGUCGCUCUACACUUAUCUGCAAUAUGGAAAGCUGGUAGCCACGCAGACGUCGAUGGUCGAGAACGAAGGACCCUUCAAACUCGAGUCGAACAAAGGCCUCGAGGUCCCACUGAACUUGGUCGAUGUUCCUGGCCACGAAAAGCUGCGGUUCAAGUACUCCGAGUUUCUGCCGAUUACCAAGGCGGUCCUGUUUGUCAUCGACAGUACAACGGUUCAUCAGCAGAUACGCCCGAUUGCCGAGUAUCUCUACGACAUUCUCACUCAUUCGGCUACUGUCAAGCGGACAAUUCCGGUGCUGAUCCUCUGCAACAAGCACGACAUGUUGAUGGCACUCGAGGCCAAGGCGAUCCAGACGACGCUGGAGACAGAGAUCAACAAGCUCCGCAGCACCCAGUCGGCCUCCCUCGAUCAAACCGGCGACGACGCCGCUGCCGAAGUCAAGUUCCUGGGAUACGAGAAUGAAGAGUUCAAGUUUGAGCACGUUCCGAACAGGAUCGAGUUCCUCGAGACCUCUCUCGUCGACGAUGAGAUGAGAGUGGCGUUGCGAGGAGAGAUCGCCGAGUUUGUGCUCUGUGGAAAAUGAAGGGUUCCGCCGUGUGUCUGUGACCAGGAACGGCAGUUCCCCGAGCCCUGAAUACACCGGCGCUUCAGUAUAUCGAUGGAUCAUAUUGCGUCAUUGCCGUCGCGAUUCCACACGACCGUUCUUGA